AUGGAUAACGAGGACGAUAUUCUUAUGACUGACGAAACACCGCAAUUAUCAGAGAAACUUCAGGAAGACAGUAAAUCCUCAGCUCAACAACUUUCUAAGAAACUCCAAGAAAACAUAGCUGGUAAGCUGAAAUACGAGGGAAAUAAGGUACAAUAUUUGUUUAACGAGGAACUGUUAGAAGAGCUUGAUAAGCUAAGAGAUUUAUCUUCUCACAAUGAAAGAGUUGUUAAAAGAAUUAAUGAAAAGCUUAAAACCAGACAAAAGUAUAUCAGAAUUGCAGACGGCUCCCCGGCAGGGUGGAAGACGGUACAGGAGUAUCAAUGUAAAGAUAUCGCCGAUGACUCGGAUGACGAGAAAAAGAUCAGGAGCGCCGAGAACAGAGCCCUCAGGAGCAGUAAACAAAACAAGAAGUCUCGUUUCCAACCCUACAAUAAACCCGUCCCAUCUGCUGCUGCUGCUGGUUCUACUGCUCAGCUUUCAGCGCUUGCAUUGCAGCAGACAAACACUCUACAACAAGCCGUCACCAGUCAGUUUAUCCAGCCCUUUCGCUCAGGUAGUAGACGGACACCUCAGCCCAGCGACGUCUGCUACAAGUGCUUCCAGACUGGGCAUUGGAAAACAAGAUGUCCCCUCAACAUUCAAUACACCAGCAGUACAGGCUCCAGUUCAAAGUGA